CUUCAAGGCUGAUUCCACACUCAUCUGCAACGAAUGUCCAAAUCCAUUCGUCUGGCGUUGGUUGGUUGUGGGUAUAUAGCUCAACAUCAUUAUAACGCUAUUUUGAAAUGCAACGGCCUUGCGAAAGUUACGGCAGUUGUCGACGUGAACGAUGAGAGAACUGCAGACUACAGCAGCAAAACUGGAGCUAAAGCCUUCAAGUCGUUGAAAGACGCGCUGACGUGGGGAGAGUUUGAUGCUGUUGAUAUCAUGUUGCCUCAUCAUUUGCACGAGGAAGCCGCUGUAGAGUGUCUGGAGGCGGGCAAACAUGUCCUGUUGGAGAAACCGAUGGCUGUAUCUCUUGCUGCUUGUCGGAAUGUGCUGGCUGCUGCUAAGAGAAGUGGAAAGGUCUUUAUGGUAUGUGAGAACGCUCAGUACUGGCCUGAGGUUGUCAAAGCCAAGCAGUUGAUUGAAGAAGAAGCUAUAGGAGAUGUCUACUAUGCUAAAGCUCACUACUGGGAAAGUCCUGCAAUAACAGACUUUGACUUUGACUCAUGGCAAUACGAUCCAGCACAAGUUGGAGGAGGUCUUUUGAUGGCUGGAUCAUGCCACUGGAUUCGACCUUUACGGAUGUGGUUAGGAGAAAUUGAAGAGGUCAUAGGAAUUACUGGUAAUCCACUAGCCCAUCGAAUAGCAGCGAACUAUGAGACUCUUGCUGAUGCCCUUUUGAGAUUUAAAAAUGGCAAGACAGCUAGCUUUACAGCACUGAUAAUCGACACGACUUUGUCUAACCAACCAUACUUCCGCAUUUUUGGAUCCAAAGGUGAGAUUACCAUUGGUGGUACAUUUAAAGGUGGCCUGACAUUGUACAAUGAUGAGUUUCCCGAUGGUAAGGCGUUUGAGCCUGUACACGGCUAUUUUGCUUCAUUUCCUUUUACGAUGAUGGAAUUUGUUCAAUGCGUGUUGGGAGAGAAGGUACCGGAUGUUUCACCAGAGUAUGCUGUUGGUGAGCCAAUGAUUAUGUGGGCCAUUUAUCGAUCACUUUCUAGCAAAAAGUGGGAGGCAGUAGGCUGUGUUGAUAUGGACUGAUCGACGCAUUGGAAAUACUAUACACAUGUCUGAAUCUUUAGUUGUUGACCUAUUUGUUGUGACCGUUUUGUAUAGUGGUUUUGAGUGAGUAAAUUUGUCUUUGAAUAUUUGCA